AGAAACAUCUCUCCAUCUGAAACAAUGGCUCCGACCUACAUGACUGACUACUCUAAACUUUCCAACAAGGAAAAGCAUAAAUUGAGAAAACCAGUGGUGGAGAAGAUGCGCAGAGAUCGCAUCAACAACUGCAUCGAGCAGCUCAAAUCCAUGCUGGAGAAGGAGUUCCACCAGCAGGAUCCAAACACCAAGCUGGAGAAAGCUGACAUCCUGGAGAUGACGGUGGUUUUUAUGAAACAGCAGCUGCAGCCCAAGACCUCGGCUCCACAGAAAGCCCACUUUGACGGCUAUUCCCAGUGCUGGAGGGAGACCAUGAGCUUCUUAUCUGGAAACUCCAAGGUGGACGCUGUACGUCAGCAUCUGAACCACUGCCAGGAAGGCCAGAGAUCAUCUAAAGGCCUCGUUCACGUGUCUCCAGCUUCCCAUCAGCCCAUCAAGGUGAAGCAGGAACCGUGUGCUCGCAGACCUCUCUGGAGACCCUGGUAGAUGAUGAAAGACUUUGACAGAAAAACUAGAUGGUGGUUUUACCAUCUUUUAUGUAGUAGGAGAUACUUCCUUUUUAAAUUUGUUUUGAAAGAAUCU